AUGGACAAGGAGGCCAGAGCUUAUUAUCAAAGGAAAAGGCGAACAAUUAUUGCAUGCAAGUUGGAACAAGAAGAAAGAGAGAGAAAAGAGAAGGAGAAAAAGGAUAGGGAAGAAAAGGAGAAAAAAGAAAAGGAAGAGAAGGAAGAGAGAGAAAAAAAGGAGAAUGAGAGAAAAGAGAAAGAUGAAGCAGAGGAGGAGGAAGACGAAAAUGAAGAAAAUGACGGUCAAAACAACUACAAUGGCAAGAACAACGACAACGGCGAUGCAGAGGAAGAAACUGAAGAAUGA